GGGCAUGUGUGAUUGUCAGCUCUUCAACUACUCUCCCUUUUCUUCAUUGCUCCUCACUCUUCUCCUCCUCUUCUCUGCAACCGUAGUAAUGGCGAUUCAGAGGAAUUCGAAGUACAAUAAACACAAGCCCAGAUCCCCAAUUUUCAUAUUAGUUAUCUCUGUUACAGCCAUUUUGUUUCUUUGCCUUCUUUCCACUUUCACUUCUACCGCUGGGUUCUCCUUCCCUUCUGCAGGAGCCAUAGCCCUACGAAAGCUAGUGAAGAGUAGGAACCAAAGGCACCAUGUCUUGGAUAAGUACUUGUACUGGGGUGACCGAAUCGAUUGCCCUGGCAAACAUUGUGAUUCUUGCGAGGGUCUUGGUCAUCAAGAAUCAAGCCUGCGUUGCGCUCUUGAAGAAGCCAUAUUUCUCAAGAGAACUUUUGUGAUGCCUUCAAGGAUGUGCAUUAAUCCAAUACACAAUAAGAAGGGUAUUCUCCAUCAGUUGAGUAAUGCAAGUUCAGAGGAAAGAUGGACUUCAAGCUCUUGUGGAAUGGAUUCCUUUUAUGAUUUGGACCUGAUAUCUGAAACAGUGCCUGUAAUCCUGGACAAUUCAAAAAUGUGGUACCGGGUACUCUUAACAAGUAUGAAGUUGGGGGCUAGAGGGCUUGCCCAUGUGGAAGGAGUAAGCCGGACUGAACUCAACAGCAGUCAAUAUUUGAAUCUCUUGCUGAUAAAUCGCACUGCGAGUCCUCUGUCAUGGUUCAUGGAGUGCAAGGAUCGAAACAACCGCAGUGCUGUAAUGUUGCCGUAUUCAUUUCUACCUUCAAUGGCAGCUGCAAAACUAAGAGAUGCAGCAGAGAAGAUUAAGGGGCUUCUUGGUGAUUAUGAUGCCAUCCAUGUUCGUCGAGGUGAUAAGAUAAAAACUAGGAAAGAUAGAUUUGGUGUUGACAGGAGCCUCCAUCCUCAUCUUGACAGGGAUACUCGUCCUGAGUUUAUCCUUCAGAGAAUUGAAAAAUGGGUCCAACCAGGACGCACCCUUUUCAUUGCUUCGAAUGAGAGGAUGCCAGGAUUCUUUUCUCCUCUUUCUAUCAGGUACAGCUUGGCAUAUUCAUCAAACUACAGCAGCAUCUUGGAUCCAGUAGUUGAGAACAAUUACCAAUUGUUUAUGAUAGAGAGGCUUAUCAUGAUGGGAGCAAAAACUUUCAUUAGAACAUUCAAGGAAGAUGAUACAGAUCUCAGCUUGACAGAUGAUCCAAAGAAGAACACUAAGAUUUGGCAAAAACCUGUUCAUACGACGGAGGAAGAGUGAAGUUGAGCUUCCCUUACAUUAUGUUCAAUAGCGGCUUUGUCUGUUUUCUUCUUAUUCUUUGCUUUCAUGGCCUUCUUCCCCACAAAUAGCAUACGCAGAACGAAUGCAACACUCUGAAUCAAACUCUCUGAUCUUCAGUGCUGAAAGAAUGGGGAGAAAUUGAAGGAAGUCAUGUGGCUGACAUUGUAAAGUAUAUUGUGAUUAGAUCUACCUGAGAAGCUUCUUGUGAAACAGACCAAGAUCUUUC